GAACCGGAGAGCUACUCAAUAAGUCAGGUGUGGCAACAAGUUCAAAUACGGGUGAGAGCUGAUUCGUCCCUAUUGACCUUUUUGUUGUAAUGCAAAUUACUGGUGUCAGGAACAUCACGAAAACUUUCGGGAUCUAGGCUUUAUCGAGGGUACAGACUCUCAGGAUGAACUUGAAUGUGAUCUUUGUCGAUCGGACCUCCGCCAAUGCAGGAUUUGUCAGAAAAUUGCGUGUCCUUCGCUCCACUGCAUUGGGUAUUCUCUAUCUUGUGUGCGUUGGCGUGCAUGUGCCGCAGGAUACCACUGCUCCUGGUACGGUGAUAUUUGUAUUAAUUGUGUCGGCGGCGGUUCCACCAGUCUGUGCGACCUCUGCACCGAAAAAGGCGGCUCCAUUUUGCGUUGUCUUCGCUGCGACAGAACAUUUUGCGAGGAAUACUCGUACAACGAGAGAUGUCGCGGCUGUAGAGCUUCGGGCCUCUGCCACGACUGUGCCGAUGAAGCAUCAGAGAAUCCAGCAGAGGAAACCUACGUGGAACUCGUCGGCCCUUGCACCAGAUGUACCUCUCUAGUCUGUAAAACCAAGUCACUUUCUUGUCAGAGUCUGGCAGGACAACGUGUUGAUGCUAGUACGCAAUAUUAUAC